AUGUCCGACACAUCAAGAACAACAACCGAUCACCACUCAAGGAUAGGAAAGACCUCAUCAGCAUCAAGCCAACAACAACCAGCUCCGCCCCCACCCCCACCACCGGCACCGUCAUUCAUCUUUCGGGGACACGAUGCACCGAUCCAUUCACUCGAGUUCUUUGCGUCCAACACGUUCCUCGCAACUGGCGACGAGACAGGCUGGAUCUGUGUCUGGGAUAUCUGGAAGCGUCGUCCGGUUUGCAAAUGGCACGCCCACAAAACUGGAUCUGUGCUUGCCCUGAAAGUGAUACCCAUCCGCCAAGAUGAUUUUUCAACGCGCAGCAGGCCUACAACUACAGCGCAGUCAGACUCAGGGAAGAGUAGUAGCUCAAGGAAGAGAGUUAAGGCAGAAAUGGAAGCGCAGCAGGACCCUCGAGUCUACAUUGUCAGCCACGGUCGUGACAACGAGAUACAUUUCUGGGAUAUCAACUCGGUCCUCCUAGAGUCUGUCAGGCGACCAGGCAGCGUCGGAAUCGUCAACCUUUCGGACAGCGGCAAAGGGUCUCAAACUGUUGUACCGAUCCUGAGUCUGCCGGUCAACGCGCUGAAUUUUUGCAAGAUGGCCAUCUUACCUGUCGACAAUGACGAGCCUCUAGCAAGUUUGACAACAUCAACCACAGCAACAGGGACUACAGAGACGACAGCGAUGAGGAUAGGAGCAGGAGUGCUGAGGAGGACACAUCGACACAUCUACGUCGCUGUCCCAUCACCUACGACGUCAAGCUUGAUCGACGUUUACGAUGUGACGAAGCCAGAGCGGACGUUUGCAGCAGUCGGUCCCGUUGACACUACCUCCAGCGCCAAGUUCCAAAGCAGCAGCAACGCAAUUCCAUCAGGAUCGGACAAGAAGUGGGGUUCUGCCAUGUCGAUCAAGCUGUUCUUGUCUGGAGCGACGAACGGCGAGCAAGGCAUCGCGCCUGCCAUGGAUGAAGGGACGCUUAAUAUGCUGGUCGGCUACGAAGAUGGGUCGGUUACUCUGUUUCGGGAUUCAACUGUUGCCUCUACUGCCGGAACCCCUGCCAUCACUAACACGACGAAUACUGCAAUGAAGAGCAAGCGGACCAUGGAGACCGUCUGGUCUACAAAAUACCACCGUGAGCCAGUGCUGGCGGUCGAUGUGUCGAACAAGGCAGGGUUUGCAAUCUCGUGCGGGUCGGACAAUGUGCUUGUAAAGUAUGACCUGUCGAGUUCUCUACAGGGGACACCAGAGGUCGUGAAAAGCGCGCUCAAGGCGAACGGGAUGGCUGAUGGCAAGAUCCGGAGUGACGAAAAGGUUAUUGCCCUUGCUGGAUGGGAUGGAAGGAUACGGCUCUUCUCAUCAAAGACUCUCAAACCGUUGGCAGUGCUCAAGUACCAUCGGGAGGGGCUCUACUGCCUCGGGUUUUCAGAGAUUAAGGAGCAGCAUGAUCAAAAAUUGAAGGAGAACAAGACACCAUCGUUGCUAGCGUCGUCAAAUGAGAGUGUUUUCGCUGCCUCUUUCACAACUAUUCCUGGUACCACAACCGGCACAGGUGACUCCAUUGCCACGGGAGAUAAUGACGAUAGAGUCGGAGGCGACGACGACAACGAGUCAAGUGACGAGAGCGGGAGCGACAGUGGCAGUGACAGUGAGCUGGAGGAUGCACUGGCAGAUCGGCAGCGGUGGUCUAAUAGGCAUUGGAUCGCAGUCGGUGGCAAGGAACAGAGGAUCAGUCUGUGGGACAUCUAUUAA